CAUUCGCCUUCGCCAUGCAGACUGAUACUAGCGCCUCCCGUCCAGGCUGGUGCAGCCUGCAAUGAGCCUUCAACAUCAUGUCUCGUGCUAUCUACGCUCGGCGCAUACUCGGAGCUCACCAAGCACCUCUUCUCGAUCAUAGAGAAUCCAUCGCUUUCUUCAAAGACAAUAGUAGACGCAUCAGCAGGUAAGAUGUGGAACGUCAACGAUAUCACCGGUCUUCUCUCGGCAUUGCAAGAGGUGGAUCAACUGUUUAAUUCGCGUCUCGAAAUCGCGCAUCAGCACGCCAUCAAUCAGAGGCGCAUCGAAGCACUACAAGAACAAGCUAAGAGACGAGAUCGAGAGACGAGGCAGGCGAUCCUUGAACUGAGUCGGAUUCAGUCUGAACUGGCCGAAAUGGCAAGACUGUCAGAGGAAGAGGUGGCAUCAAUAGAGAAGGCAGAGAAGCAACCGAUCGGACAUUCGACGCUGCUAGGUUAUGCGCAGAGACUGGCGAGAUACACUUCAGCGCCACCCGGAUACAAGCUGCCUCGGGUAGCAUCUGCAGCAGCGACGCAAAAAGACGACGUAGCAGGCGUCAAAUCAGAACAGCGCGCUGACGGCGAGCCAGUAGAACAGAUAUCGCUCGGAGCAGACUACAAUCAAUAUGCAAAGAGAGCAGCAGCAUAUUACGAUCCAGCGAUACCGUCCAUGCCACAGGAGAUGCCGUUCCCGUCGGAUGCCAUGAUGCGACAAGGAAUCUUAAACAGCCAACAGAUGCUAGAUGGCGCUGCGCCAGCGGAGCAGCCCGCAGACGAGACGAUGGACGACUCGGAAGAGCUACCACUAACCGAUUUUGCUGCAUCUUACUCUCACCUGCGUCAACAACAGCAGAGACACGACGAAGAGGACGAAGAUGCGUUUGAUCUGGAUCUCAAUUGA